UUGUCUCUAAUCUCUCUUAUCCAUUUCUUUUCCAUUUCGUCGUCUUCAUCUUCCUAAUCACAAAAAAAUGGGUCGCCGUAGCUCCGGAGGAAGAUCUGCACCUCGUCCUCGCCCUGCUGCUGCACGCAGCCCCGCUCCUCAGCCUGUAAACCGUGCACCUCCUCCAGCUCCAGCUCAGGCCACCAGUGGUGGUGGCAUGUUCUCAGGCAUAGGUUCCACCAUUGCUCAGGGUAUGGCUUUUGGAACCGGAAGUGCAGUUGCGCAUAGGGCUGUUGAUUCCGUCAUGGGCCCUAGGACCAUUCAGCAUGAAGCUGUUGAGGCGGCUACCUCUGCUUCUGCUGCUCCUGUCGGAAGCAGCAUGUUCUCUAGCUCCUGUGACAUUCAUGCUAAGGCUUUCCAAGAUUGUAUCAGCAGCUAUGGAAGCGACAUUAGCAAGUGUCAGUUCUACAUGGACAUGCUGUCUGAAUGCAAGAAGAACUCCGGUUCUGGUCUUAGUGCCUGAAGCUUGUUUCGUUUCUUGUUGUGGUGUCUAAAAAUUAUUCAGCUUUGAUAUGCUGAGAGUCUGGAUAUCAUCAAAUAACAACAUUUCAGAUAUGCAAGUUUCAUGUGUUUGUUUGUUACUUUUAAUAUAAUAAACUUUGGAGUGUUUUAUUGUGCUAAUAUAAUACAUUCUUCCAAC